GAGGGCUGCGCGCUCCCGCGCGGCGAUGGCGGUGCGUGGACGCGCGGCGGCGGCGGCGGCAGCAGCAGUAGCGGCCAUGGCUGCUGUGGAGCGGCGGCUGCCGAAUCUCGACGACUUCGCGGGGCAGAGCUGGAGCGCCUGGGUGGAGAGGGCCGGGCCGCCGGCUGCCGAGACAGGGUCUGAGCUGGAAGAAAACAAUCGGAAUGGGAGCAAGAAGCUGGAUGCCAUGACCCUCAUUAAAGAAGACAUGUCUAUCUUUGGUCACUGCCCAGCUCAUGAUGAGUUCUACCUGGUGGUGUGUAACCAUUGUGGCCAAGUGGUCAAACCUCAAGCCUUUCAGAAGCAUUGCGAGAGACGGCAUGGACCUCUCAACAAACUCUAUGGCCGGGCGCAGACCUCCUCAAGUUUACAGAAAUGCCAUGCGGUCAAUGGACGGUCCCUUGCCAGCGGGGGUCACAGAUCCACCAAGACCUGGCAGGAAAAAUCCCACAGCUCAUUCAGUCAAGCCCAGCACAUGCCAGAGAGGACAGACAAGAUGCCGAAAGACAACCUUUGCUUGUUUGUGCCUGUUGUGAACUUAGAGAAGAUCUCUGGCCUUCCAAAGUCAGAUGGGGUUGGAGUCAGGGCUUCCUCAAAGUCUUCUGACACCAUCAUCCCCAGACAGUCUUCUGGCAGCUCAAAGGAGAGCUUGGUCAAGCCCUCCUUAGUAGCAUCACCAAAGGAACCCCUUACAACAGCCAGAGCAGGUGGCAGCUUGGUCAUCUCUGCUGAAGGCUUGAGCAGGAAACUGGAGAAUGCACCCAGCUUAGGAGAGAAGGAGGCCGGGACUUCAAAAUCCAUGAAGAAGAUGCCACGGAAAGAAUGUGACUUGAACAAACAGUGUGGAGUGGUGAAUCCUGAAACCAAGAAGGUUUGCACUCGGUUACUGACCUGCAAGAUCCAUUCGGUACAUCAGCGUCGUGAGGUGCAAGGUCGUGACAAGGACUUUGACGUUUUGGUGGCUGAGUUGAAGGCCAGCGCCAAGAAAGGGGAGCCCCCCAAAGAGAAGAGCCCAGUGAGGAAGGAGGCGGCCUCUGAGCGACUCCCGCAGGACUCCUCUUCGCUGUCACAGGCUUCAUUGGCCCUGCCUAGUGCUUCACCUUGCCGCACAAAGCAAACAUAUUCCCACUGUGCACUUUCCAGGUCUAGGGUUUCCUCAGAGAGUGACCCUGAUGAUCUGCCUACCGCCUCUGGUGAAGUCGACCACCGACUUUACCCUUUCCCAGUGCCCAAGAGCACUGGACGGGCCUCAAGUGAAGAGAGCGAAGAUGAUACAGUGGAGGAUUCCCGUAAACUGGAUUGCCAUUACGCAACACAGUCUCCAAGGCCCCAGGCAUUCUGCACUUUUGGAAGCAGGUUGGUGAGCCCAGGGUGUUAUGUGUUCAGUCGACGGCUGGAUCGAUUCUGCUCUGCACUCAGUUCUAUGCUGGAGAGGCAUCUCAGUUCGCACAUGUGGAAAAGGAUCCCUCCAGCUGCAGAUCACCAGAUCCCUUCCACACCAUCCCCGGCGCUUCUGGGUUUUUCUGCAUCCAGCACGUCCCAGAAUUGCAAUUCCUCCCUGGUUUGCAGCCUCCCGCACAGCAUCCCAGGCAGAACCUCUGUGUCUUGUGCCGCUUCAGCCACUGUGGCCUCCAGGGACAGCCGUGGCCACCACAGUAUGAACUAUGCAGUGGGCUCACCCCAUGCUGCGGCCGCCUGUAGCCAGUCAGACUGCAUGGGUGGGAGCCAGUCCAUCACCUCCCCGCUCCCAGCCAACACACCUUCGCCCUCGUUCAGCAAGUUGCCUUUGACCAAGGCCAGCAAGUCCUCCAAAGCCAAGGAGACGACUGGCAGCGUGGAGCCAGAGGCUUUGGCCCGGAAGCGCAAGCAGUCUCCCAGCUCCCCGGCUAGUCUGCCAUACAAACAGACCUGUUUCCUGGAUCUGGGCAAGAGCAAGGCAGCUGGCUGCCAGGUCUCCCACCCAUCUGCCAAGGCCAAACCAUCUGUCAUCAAUUCGUCCACUCAUUCCUUGAACGGAACAGUCCCUGCAGGUGCCAGAAUCAAAAGGGUCAGCCAUCUGGACUGCCGGGCUCCCAGCCACAUCACAGUCAAAGCUUCACAACUGGAGAACCGGGCCUCUUCGCUGAAUGGGCCCAAAGGAUUGCAAGCCAACUGCAUCUCUGAUGAGGAGGCUAAGAGACGUAAGAAUACAGCCACUUACUGUCGGCCAGUGAAAGCCAAGCACUCUCCCGCUCCCUUGCCUUCCUCUUCCUCAUCUGAUUUGGGUAGCUCCAUCCGAAGGAAGAAGCCAGUUGUCUCCUUGGGCUUUGAGGAGAAGCAGAACACAAUGAAGUCAAAAGCGCAUUAACAGCAAGUGCCUGCAUUCUACAGAAGGAGCCGGCAGUCUGAGAACUCUACCCCCUGAGCCCGAUUUAAAGCCUCUUUGCUUUUUAUAACUUUAUAGUAUUUUUUUAAAAGAAAAAAAAUCCUCUAAAAUA